AUGUCAACAUCUACGUCUCAGCCUGAAGGUAUCUCCAUUGCCGAUGAGCUUGGCCUUGAUACUGUCAAGCUCAUCGUCGGCUCCGGCGACCAAAAAUGCUCGUUCGCAGUGCACAAGAACCCGCUAUGCAAGAAGAUCCCUUAUUUCGAUACAAUGCUCCACAGCAAGUUCAAGGAAGCCCUUACAGACCAAGCGGAGUUCCAGGAAGACUUGCCUGUUGCCUUCAGGAUAUUGAUCAAUUGGAUUUAUCAGCGCAAGGUGAAGGCAUUGCCGCCGUCCGACCCUAGAAGUGGAGGUCUAAGUCAAGCCUUGCAACUUCUCCAGCUCUGCAUUCUCGCCGAGAAGUUGAUGGCAACACAACUACUCGACGACGCCCUGGCUGCUUUAUCAAAGCAAUAUAUGUACACGUAUGCAACCAGUCCAGAAAACUCAAACCCAUUCGAAGUAACCCCGGCCGAGCUGUGUGGGGUAUACAACGAACUCCCAGAACAUUCCAAAGUCCGCACUUGGGUCGUGCGGGUCAUUGCGCAUCAAUUCAGCAUCAUUCGGCGCAAGGAUUACAACAAUAGUGCUUUCCAAGAGCUACUUGCCGACAAUUUUGACCCUCUGGGCGAAUUCUUGACUGGUUUGAGAAUGGAUAAACAUGAAAAUUCAGAUAUUUCAGCAUACUUGUACGCGAUGCCACCCCCAAAUCAUUAUCCGUCCAACCUUUAUUACGCCUUACCUACUCAACAAAGAUGAUUCUCUUCUUAUCAAGAUACUUUUAUUCGUUCUUGCUUUACAAGUCGUGCGGUUUUUCUUUCCGGUCAGCAAGGCAUCCCGUAAAAUGGAAGGUGGAGUGGAAGGUGAUGUCCGAAUUACAAGUGGCACGUCAUCCAUUUGGACAGACGCAUUGUGAGAUCAGGAGAUUAUAGGGGUGUAUUUGUAUUUGUAAGCAGC